AUCCCCGUCCUGGUAGCCGCGCGGCGCAGAACUGCAGGCGCUUGCCCGGCGAACCCUGCGCGGGGCCGCCUAGCUCGCUCCCAGCUCAGCUGGCGGCCUCAGGGUCCCGACCGCAGCGCCCGCGGCCCUAGGCGAAGGCAGGGGCUCACCCGAGGCUCGGCGGCUGAUGAGGCUCUCGGAACAUGGCAGCCUGUGCAUGGCUCGUCCUGGGAGGAGCUGACUUUAGUCAUCGUGAUGCCUAAGAAUCAAGUGUGACGUCUCUCCAGGUACUUCAUGGUUUCCUCCUCCCUCCUCUCCCCAUCGCUGCUCUACGUGGCUCCUAAAACAUGGGGGAAAACGAGGACGAGAAGCAGACCCAGGCCGGGCAGGUUUUCGAGAACUUCGUGCAGGCGUCCACAUGCAAAGGCACCCUCCAGGCCUUCAACAUCCUCACCCGGCACCUGGACCUAGACCCCCUGGACCACAGAAACUUUUAUUCCAAGCUCAAGUCCAAGGUGACCACCUGGAAGGCCAAGGCCCUGUGGUACAAACUGGACAAGCGUGGGUCCCACAAAGAGUAUAAGCGAGGGAAGUCGUGUAUGAACACCAAGUGUCUCAUCAUCGGGGGAGGACCAUGUGGUUUGCGCACUGCCAUUGAACUUGCCUACCUAGGGGCCAAAGUGGUCGUGGUGGAGAAGAGGGACACCUUCUCCCGGAACAACGUGCUGCACCUCUGGCCUUUCACCAUCCAUGACCUGCGGGGCCUCGGAGCCAAGAAGUUCUACGGGAAGUUCUGUGCCGGCUCCAUCGACCACAUCAGUAUUCGUCAGUUGCAGCUGAUUCUGUUCAAGGUGGCCUCUAUUGGGGUGGAAAUCCAUGUGAACGUGGAGUUUGUGAAGGUUCUAGAGCCUCCUGAAGAUCAGGAAAAUCAAAAAAUUGGCUGGCGAGCAGAGUUUCUCCCUGCAGACCACUCUCUAUCGGAGUUCGAGUUUGAUGUCAUCAUUGGUGCCGAUGGCCGCAGGAACACCCUGGAAGGGUUCAGAAGAAAAGAAUUCCGUGGGAAGCUGGCUAUUGCAAUCACCGCCAACUUCAUAAACAGAAACAGCACAGCUGAGGCCAAGGUGGAAGAGAUUAGUGGCGUGGCUUUCAUCUUCAAUCAGAAGUUUUUUCAGGACCUUAAAGAAGAAACAGGAAUUGAUCUUGAGAACAUUGUUUACUACAAGGACUGCACCCACUAUUUUGUCAUGACCGCCAAGAAGCAGAGCUUGCUUGACAAAGGUGUCAUCAUUAAUGACUACAUCGACACAGAGAUGCUGCUGUGCGCAGAGAACGUGAACCAGGACAACCUGCUUUCCUACGCACGCGAAGCUGCAGACUUUGCCACCAAUUACCAGCUGCCGUCUUUAGACUUCGCCAUGAACCAUUACGGACAGCCCGACGUGGCCAUGUUCGACUUCACGUCCAUGUACGCCUCCGAGAACGCGGCCCUGGUGCGCGAGCGACAGUCACACCAGCUGCUCGUGGCCCUGGUGGGCGACAGCUUGCUUGAGCCAUUCUGGCCCAUGGGCACUGGCUGUGCCCGCGGCUUCCUGGCCGCCUUCGACACGGCAUGGAUGGUGAAGAGCUGGGACCAGGGCACUCCUCCCCUGGAGCUGCUGGCCGAAAGAGAAAGUCUUUACCGGCUCUUACCUCAGACAACCCCAGAGAACAUCAACAAGAACUUUGAGCAGUACACGUUGGACCCCGGGACACGGUACCCAAACCUCAACUCAAACUGUGUGAGGCCCCAUCAGGUGAAGCAUUUGUACAUCACUAAGGAGCUGCACCAGUGCCCUCUCGAGAGGCUAGGCUCAGUGAGGAGAUCUGUCGGCCUCUCCAGGCGGGAGUCAGACAUCCGGCCCAGCAAGCUCUUAACCUGGUGCCAGCAGCAGACUGAGGGCUACCAGCAUGUCAACGUCACUGACCUGACCACGUCCUGGAGGAGUGGCCUGGCCCUGUGUGCCAUCAUCCACCGCUUCCGGCCUGAGCUGAUCAACUUUGAUGCUUUGAACGAAGAUGAUGCUGUGGAGAACAACCAGCUGGCAUUUGAUGUGGCUGAGCGCGAGUUUGGCAUCCCGCCAGUGACCACGGGUAAAGAGAUGGCAUCAGCCCAGGAACCCGACAAGCUCAGCAUGGUCCUGUACCUCUCCAAGUUUUAUGAGCUCUUCCGGGGCACCCCGCUGAGGCCUGUGGAUUCUUGGCGCAAAAACUACAGAGAGAAUGCUGACCUCAGCCUGGCCAAAUCAUCCAUGUCUCACAACUAUCUCAACCUCACGUUUCCAAGAAAGAGGACUCCACGAGUGGACAGUCGAAUGGAAGAGAAUGACAUGAACAAGCGGAGGCGGAAAGGCUUCAACAACCUUGACGAGCCUUCCGCCUUUUCCAGCCAGAGCUUGGGCUCCAAUCAAGAGGGCGGUAAAGAAGGUGGAAACCAGAACAAAGUCAAAUCCAUGGCCAGUCAGCUGUUGGCCAAGUUCGAGGAGAACUCUCGGAACCCCACACUCCUGAGGCAGGAGCGCCGUGUCCCAGGCAUAGGUAAGCCUGUCCUGUGCUCUUCCUCUGACCCUCCUGUUAACUCUCGCUGUCCCAAGCCGGAGGAGCCCACUCCCAGCCCGUCGUCAACUCUGAAAAGGCAGUUCCCCUCGGUGGUCGUGACGGGGCAUGUGCUCCGAGAGUUAAAUCAAGUGUCUGUUGGCGGUGAGUGCCCGAGCAGACCCUGGCGAGCCCGAGCCAAGUCUGACCUGCAGCUGGGUGGGCCAGAAAACCCCGCCGGCCUGCUUCCCCCAUGCCAGGGAGCGCUGGGCCUCUCCGGGGUGCUGCGGCGGCUGCAGCAAGUGGAGGAAAAGAUUCUGCAGAAAAGGGCUCAGAACUUGGCCAACAGGGAAUUUCACACAAAGAACAUUAAGGAGAAGGCGGCUCACCUGGCUUCCAUGUUUGGACACGGGGAUUUCCCACAGAAUAAACUACUCUCUAAAAGCCUGUCUCAUACUCAUCCUCCGUCUUCUCCCUCCUGCCUUCCAUCUCCUGAUUCAGCUGCUCCUUCCUCUCCACCGACUGUUGACUCUGUUUCUCCUGCCAGAAAGCUGACGGUAGGGAAAGUGUCCAGCGGAAUAGGGGCUGCAGCUGAAGUUCUGGUCAAUCUGUACAUGAAUGAUCACAGACCUAAGACCCAGGCCACCUCUCCAGACCUGGAGUCUAUACGGAAGGUGUUUCCCCUGAACCUGGGUGGCAGCGACACCUGUUACUUCUGUAAGAAGCGUGUGUACGUGAUGGAGCGGUUGAGCGCGGAGGGCCACUUCUUCCACCGAGAGUGUUUCCGCUGCAGCGUCUGUGGCACCACCUUGCGCCUGGCUGCCUAUGCCUUCGAUGGCGACGAAGGCAAGUUUUUCUGCAAGCCUCAUUUCGUCCACUGUAAAACCAACAGUCAGCAACGGAAGCGACGGGCAGAGUUGAAGCAACAAAAAGAGGAGGAGGGGAUGUGGAAAGAGCAAGAAGCCCCUCGGCGAGACCCGCCCCCCGAAAGUUCUUGCGCUGCUGCUGCCAUCAGCAUGCCGGAAGGCAGCCCCCCAGAUGAGCCAACCUCCCCCAAGAAGCCCAAGAGCGUCCCGGAGCCCGAGCCUGGGAACGUGGCAGGUGGAGCUGCCUCUCCCCUGCCUUCUGAGUGGACUUCGGUGAGGAUCGGCCCUGGGGAGGACGUGGUCGGGCAGGACGUGCUGGCUGUGCGUGUCUUAGUCACCAGCGAUGACAGCAGCUCUGACACAGAGUUCAACCAUAGUGGCAGGGAGGCCUCCAGGGCAGAACCCUCUGACAAAAGACCCCAACAGCUGGAACCCCAACCCCCACCCCUCCCAAAGCCCCUCACCCGGCACAGCUCCCUGAGGGAGACCCUGACCCAGACAAUCUCUGCACAAGGGCCUGAGGAACCUGAAGCUGGGCAAGCUCUGCAGCGGGCCAAUAGCUUCCAGUCUCCAACUCCCAGCAAAUACCAGAGUGGGAGAAGAAAAUUCCAGUCCAGCUUGACACCAGCGAACAAUGAAAGAAUUAUGUCGCCUCCAAAGGAAGCGUCUUCUCUUUCUCCUUCCUCAUCUUCUCCUUCACCUUCCCUGCCAUCUUCUUCUUCAGCCGAUGUCUCAAGGAAUGCUCUGGAUGGCUCCUCCCCACCCCAGGUGACAGUUUACACCCCGAACUCGCAGGUCUCCAGAGGUCAUUUCAGUCCUUCCACCCCCAUCUUUCUGAGACGAGCCAGAGGCCAAGGACCACCCAUGGAACUCUCCCUGCAUCUGCCUCAUGGCCAAGUGCUGGAGCGGGCAGAAUACUGCCUAGUGAGUCCUGGUGGAGAUGGCCUCGCAAGCCCCGGGCCACCCAGACCUGCAGAGAUGGCUUCUGAUAGGUGUCAGGAAUCUGAGGCCCCUCCUGGGGAUACCAGAAGCAUCCACAGAGGCCCACACCCCUUUGGAGGGAAGAACAGGUGCUUACCAGACCAAGGGCUGUCUCCCGGGACUGGAGAGGAACCAGGAGAACGAAGUACCGGACCCAAGAGGGGAGAGGAGCGGGAGUCCAUGCUGGCAGAGGGGAAGAAGUUGGGCUUAAAGAAGCUGGUCCUCACUCCGGAGCAGAAGACCAGGUUGCUGGAUUGGAGUGACUCCAACCCUGAGGGCUUGCGCCCCGAAGCCAGGAUGCAGCUCUCCCAGAAGAGCACCGAGAGUGGUAGAGGAGACUGUGUGCUGAAAUCAGUCCGCCCCUUGCUGCUCCCUCGGGUGGUGAGAGAGACCCCACCGGCCCAGAGAGAGGCUCAGGAGAAGAUGGGGACUCCAGCUGAACGGGCUCCAGGGGAGCGGAGCAUGGCCCCGCCCAAGUCCCCACUGCGGCUCAUAGCCAAUGCCAUCCGCAGGUCCCUGGAGCCACUCCUCGCCAGCUCCGACGGUGGGAAGAGGGCCUGGGCCAAGCCAGAGCCAAAGACUCUGCCCACCAGCCCACCCCACGCCCGCGCUCGCUCGUUCAGCCUUCGGAAAAACAGCUCCAGUAAAGACGGGGACCAGCAGUCCCCCAAGAGAGACAUGGCAAGCAGAGCCUCAGCCUUCUUCUCCCUGGGCACCUCCACGACCAAGGCUCCCCAGUCCUCGGAUCCGAGCCUUCCUGAUCCUCUCCUCCGCACCCACAGUUUGACCAACCGGCCAUCCAAGAUGUGUCCGGUGCCUGUGUCCCCACCCUGCAGCAAGAUGGACGAUGUCCCCACACUCCUGGAGAAAGUGAGUUUGCAAGAGACGUUCCCGGAUCCGUCCAGGGUUCCUAAGAAAAAGACCUCGCUCUUUUCCUCCCUCAGACUCAGAGACAAGUCUUUGGAGAGUUUCUCCCAAGAGUCUACAAGAAAGGACCUCCAAGACCUUCUCAGCAUCCCCAAGGGGAAAGUGCUGCCCAUGGACAGUGCCCAGCCCCCAGAGAAGCUGGUGCAGCCUGUCAGUAGCACCUGCGUGGGGCAGCCCGCCCCUCCUCCUCCUCUGGAGAAAGAUGCAGGUCCCAACCAUAUCCCCAUCAGAGCCCAGGUGACAGGGGCUCCCUCUUCCACCUCAUCUACCACCACCUCCUCUACAGAUGAAGAAUUUGAUCCCCAGCCUUCCGUGCAGUCAAAGGAGAGGAAGACACUUCGAAGAAGAAGGAAGCUGGAAAAAGCAACAAAACAAUUGGUUAAGCAAGAAGAAUUGAAAAGACUUCAUAAGGCUCAGGCCAUCCAGAGGCAGCUGGAGGAGGUGGAAGAGCGGCAGAGGGCUUCUGAGAUCCAGGGCGUGAGGUUGGAGAAGGCGCUGCGAGGAGAAGCAGAUUCAGGCACACAGGAUGAAGCACAGCUUUUGCAGGAAUGGUUUAAGCUGGUUCUGGAGAAGAAUAAAUUAAUGCGAUAUGAGUCAGAGCUACUGAUCAUGGCCCAAGAACUGGAAUUAGAAGAUCAUCAAAGCAGACUGGAGCAGAAACUACGAGAGAAGAUGCUCAAAGAGGAGAGCCAGAAAGAUGAGAAUGAUCUGAAUGAAGAGCAAGAAAUAUUCAACGAGAUGAUGCGUGUGAUUGAGCAAAGGGACAAGCUGGUGGACUCCUUAGAGGAACAACGCAUAAAAGAGAAGGCAGAAGACCAGCACUUUGAAAGCUUCAUAUUCUCCAGGGGCUGCCAGCUGAGCAGGACGUGAGCAGGCCUGGGGACCCCUCCCCACUGAGCCAAGGACCAGAGCAGGCCAGGUGCCCCUUCACUCAUGCCUACUUCUCUUCAUAGGCUAUGUCAGACCUGGAACUAAAGUUAUACUCUACUGCAAUAUAUAUAUAUAUAUUUAACUUAAGUUCUCUCAUAUGUACUCCAGCUACCUGCCCAAGAUCCUUCCAGAGAUUUUAACGAAGAAAAUACAAAGACUCUUUUGACCUUGACAGGCAACUUCUGCUGGUCUCUGAGAUUGGAGGUGACCUUGGAAGAUGACCAGCAUUGCUUUCCCUAGAAAGUGACACAGAGAUUGACUUUGCUGCUGCUUUCACUAUUUCUCUUCCCAAUUCAUUGAGUUACACAUCUUGAGAUUUUUAAGACGCUGCCUUUUCAUUAAUAUAUCCGUAUUUGCCUUUUUUUGCAUGGAUGACUGGUUUCCAAAUGUCAGAAAGAAGCAGUUGCAGUUUAAAGAUUAGGUUAAUAUUUAAAUUGUGUUUCCAGAGAAAGAGGCGACACCUCGAGAUUAGUGAUUACAUAAAGCAAAUAGCUCAUAUAGCAGGUGUUAAUUCAAUCCAGGGUGAAUUUAAUUUACCAGGUGUAUUUAUAAGCCUUAAUAUAAUAUACAUAAGCGAUGAGAGUUUAAUAGAACACUUGAGCCUUAAUUUUAUUUAAAGAAAGAAAGAGGGGAAAAAAGAAAUAAAACUUUGACUUCAUACCAGUAGGACUCUCAGUUUUCACCAAAUGCUAUUGGCUUAGAAAAGCCUUCUUUCUUUAUUCUUUCUUUUUUCCCCCUAGAACACUCUCUUUAUUGCCCAUGGAACAUAGUGAAAAACACUUUUAGAAAAUGAAUAAUUUUGAAACACUUUUUUGUAACUGUUGGUAAUGGCAAAAAGGAAAACUCUUUCAUUUAUUGAUAAAACAUUGGUGAGGUUGAUGCUGCUACUAAGAAAGAACAUUCUAGAAGUUCCCUUUGUGGCUCAGUAGUUAAUGAACCCAACUAGGAUCCAUGACGACACGGGUUAGAUCCCUAGCCUCGCUCAGUGGGUUAAGGAUCCAGCAUUGCCGGGAGCUGUGGUGUAGGUUGCAGAUGCAGCUUGGAUCCCACGUUGCUGUGGCUGUGGAGUUGCUGGCAGCUGCAGCUCCAAUUCAACCCCUAGCCUGGGAACCUCCAUAUGCCCUAAAAAGCAAAAAACAAAACAAAACAACAACAACAGAAAGAAACUUGUAGUGAUCCAAGGUGAGGAAUGCUUCUCUAUGGUGUCGGUGUCUUCUUAGGUCCAAACAGAGAAGUGUCUCUGACACCAUCUCCAAGGACUGCCCCCGGGAGCUCCACGGGACAAGACAAGCCCACUUCUGCCUUUAAGGUAGAGCCGUGCGCCGUGACUCCAUUCACCAAAUUCCAAACUGGGUAAUGAAUGGAUUUUUAAAUGACAUUUUCAAUGUGAAAAAGAAAAUGGAAGAUGGAGUUUGUGCACUGACAUGGGAUUCCUGGGAUACUUGGACAGUUCAUAUGGGAACCAAAGAAAAGAUUUUAAGUGGUGAUUUGUUGUCAUAAGGUAUUUGAUUGCUUUCCCUCAAUCAAAUACAAGUUUUUUUGAGGACUCUGUCCAUCACUGACAAGAGACAGACUGGAGGACUCUUUGCUGUAUCUGGCCCCUCUCAUUUCUGUAAGUGUUUAAAUGUGUUGUUGAACAAAUGGUGCUAUGCAACCAUUGGCUCUGACUCGAGACCUCACUUUUCUCAAUAUAAGUUGACCCAUAAACCACUUCUGCCUGCAUGCUGUCUGUGCACUCUGAUCUGGGCAGCUGAGGAGUCAGAAGUCAGAAUACGCCUGGAUUUCCUGAGUCAGUUGAUGUUUGGGGUGGUAUUAAAAUGCAGCCUUUCCGUGGUAGACCAAGGUCCAAAGAUUGUAGUCCUUUUUCUUUCUUCUUUCCUUCCUUUUUCUUUUUUUCUUUUAAUAAUCAUGUCUUCUAGUACCUACAGAUAUUCUAUUAUUAGGCUAUCUGUACAGGCAUCUAUUUCUCGCUUGCUCUCUGAAAACCGUGCCACUUAGGGCUAUUUAUCUAUUUUUAUUUAUUUGCAUAGUGGUGGAAAUGGAUGAUAUGACUUCCUCAUAAUUCUGGCUUUCCCAUGCUGUAAUUUGGAGAAUACCUAUUAGCGCUAAGCUGUUGGUAUACAAGCUACUUAAUAUACAGCUAACCUAGAGAUUAGGAGUGAUGCAUUCCACAGUAUUAAAAAUUUAUGGAGAUAGUCAAAAGAACAUUUUCUGCUAGCAGGCAUUCAGAGGUAAGACUACAGGUGCAUAGGAAUGUUCACUCAUUUUAAGAAAGAUAUAUAACUUCAGUUAUUAGAGAAUGUGUGGAAAUAUUCAAGUCCUAUCACUAUCUGAUGCAUGCUCAAAUGCAUUUAACAGAUGAUACUCAAAUGUGUAGGGUCUGGGUGGUUUUUGUGCAAAAGAAUUAAUUGUAACUUAUUUUAAUUUGUUCUAUUUUGGUCUAAAAGAGUCUCCCAAGAGGGCAAGAAAGAAGGUGGUUCCUGGCCCCAGGAUUCUGUUAAUAGCUGAGAAAAGCAAUUUGUUCACUUUCUCUUCCAAAGAUUAUGUGCUAUGGCUUAAGGCUGAGCCUUCUCCUGGCCAAGUUCAAACCUAAACCUUAUCUUUAACAGCCUUCUACUCACACUGGCUUUUAGUUUUCCCAGAACAUAAAAACCCCUUCAAGGAUCAUUUCCAAAAGGACAAGUAUUGUGGCUGUUGAAUUGUUUUAUAUAAUUGCAUUUCUUCACAAUAGAAAAUGGUCUAAGACCCUCAAAUGUAAUAUACUGUACCAUUUGAGGACAGUUUCUUUGUAUGCAAUAUGAGUAGGACUAUGAUGAAAAUAGAUGGAACCUUCACUUUCCCAUAAAAAACACAUGUGAUCAGGCUGGACCACUUAGGACUCUGAAUGAGACAGAACACCCCCAACCCAAGUCAUACUUCAUUGUUGGUCUCACCUAACUUCCAAGUUAAACCAAAGGGAUCACGACAGCUGAAAGUUCAGAGUUUUAUGUAAGUUGGACAAAGAGGACAGUUCUUAAGCUUGUUCUCCCAAGCCAUUCAUAUUUUAUUUGUUUAAUAAACUUCUUCCAAAUGCCUGUGGGAUUCUGCAGCCCUGUGCUCGCUAAGCUCAGGGAUACAGACAGAACAUUAUUCUUCUACCCCACCUGCAAGUAGAUACAAAGGAAAACAAGUAAAACUCCCAAAUAAAUACAAAGAUAAAGAACAAUUUUGGGAGUUCCCAUGGUGGCUUAGUGGUUAACAAAUCUGAGUAGGAACCAUGAGGUUGCGGGUUCGACCCCUGGCCUUGCUCAGUGGGUUAAGGAUCCAGCAUUGCCGUGAGCUCUGGUGUAGGUUGCAGAGGCAGCUCGGAUCCUGUGUUGCUGUGGCUAUGGCAUAGGCCAGCAGCUAUAGCUCCGGUUAGACCCCUAGCCUGGGAACCUCCAUAUGCCGCAGGUGCAGCCACAGAAAAGACAAAAAAAAAAAAAAAAA